AUGGCAAAGAAAACCUACGACUUAUUGUUCAAACUGUUGCUGAUCGGCGAUUCUGGAGUUGGGAAAACUUGUUUACUUUUCAGAUUCUCAGACGAUGCCUUCAACACAACUUUCAUUUCCACCAUAGGGAUUGACUUUAAGAUCAAAACAGUCGAGCUGGGUGGCAAGAAGAUCAAGUUGCAGAUAUGGGACACAGCUGGGCAGGAGCGGUUCCACACCAUCACCACAUCCUACUACCGUGGCUCUAUGGGCAUCAUGCUGGUGUAUGACAUCACAAACCUCAAGAGUUUUGAGAACAUCUCCAAGUGGCUGCGGAAUAUUGAUGAGCAUGCCACCGAAGAUGUUGAGAAGAUGAUCCUGGGAAAUAAAUGUGACAUGGAAGACAAGAGACAGGUGCCCACCUCUCGGGGAGAAGCUAUUGCUAGAGAGCACAACAUACCGUUCCUGGAGACUAGUGCCAAGGCAAACAUCAAUGUGGAGAAGGCCUUCAUGAGCCUAGCCCAGGCUAUUCUCAAUAAGACUCCUAGUAAAACACCAGAUUCAGGCGGAGUCAAUGUGGUUCACCAAGAGACAAGUUCUAAACGCUGUUGUUAA